GAGCUUAGUAGCGAAGAAGAAGAAGACGAGGAAGAGGAAGAGGAAGAAGAAGUUCCUCCUGCCGCGUUGAGGAGAAGCUCUUUCUUCCUUGCUUGUUGGUAAUCGAUCCAAAGUUCCAGCAUUUCUUCCUUUCAUGGCGUCCUCCAAAGCCACAUUUGCGCUGCUGGUCCUGGCAAUGCUGCUUGUCUCACAGGUUCAAGCUUCUUCUCUAGUGACCGGUUCCAAAGCAGUCGAUGUCCAGAAGAACAAAGGAGGCCAAAUCCAACCGCAAAGUUGCACGAAUCUCUGUAACUACCGCUGCUCUCAAACUCAGUACCACAAGCCUUGCAUCAAGUACUGUAACCUUUGCUGCCAGAAAUGCCUCUGCGUUCCCCCCGGCUUCUACGGCAACAAGCAAGUCUGCCCCUGCUACAACAACAUGAAGAAUGCCCGCGGCGGUCCAAAGUGCCCGUGAAGAGUGUAUCGAUCGCCCGGCACUCGACGAGAUCUUACUUAGCUUCUUGCAGACGGACUUGUAUUGGCAUGAAAAAAUCUGCCCAUCUGUUUCAGAAGACUCUCACCAAGUUGUAAGAGAAUGAAUACUAUGGCUUUCUCCUCGCUCA